AGGAGAAAACAAGGGCACUGUGCUGGAUAAUUACCCCGCCGUGAGGAUGCCGAGAGGCGCAGCCCUCCUCUGCCUUUCACCGCGGCUCAACUCUGGAUCGCUUUUAAUAAGAUGCAUCACUUGAUCUCUGCACCUGAAUGCGCUUGCUUUAAUUUGAUUUCAAAUGGCGUAAAUCUAGAUUAGAUUGAUGAUGCCAGCCAUAUCUCAUCUGCUCUGCAGAAUCCGAUUAAAUGACAUUAGCGGGUUGAAUUGACAGAUUAGCGGUAUUAUAAUUGCUUUCAUUGUUUUGUGAGAUUAUAAAUGAUCUUUCAAAUAUUGGUGCAUCAUUUAUUGCGCUUGCAAAUCCGAUUCGUCUCGCAGGCAUCGAUCCAGUACCCAAGGGAAGCACGCUGGAGGAGCCCAGGCUAUUGAAUCAUCUUCACUACUAGGAUGCCGUUGGCAAGAUCCAGGCAACAUGCAGCACACUCUGUUCCCACUGUAACUUGCUUUUACUGCGGUUAUUUGCAUGGGUAAAGUAGCGCCAUGUUGACCAGCAUCACAGAAAGCAUCUUCUGCUGCCUGAUGGGAAAGACGACCAGCGUUGUGUUGCCGGUUGAAUCAUCAGACGGCAAGCCUGCAGACGGAUUUGAGUUGGUCGAGGUGAAGCCGGGUCGUGUGCUGCGUGUGCGCCACAUCCUCCCCGAACGGCCUGCCACGACAGAAGUGCAGCCAGAAGCAGGCAGCAGCGUCCACUGCAAGCGCAAGAUCACAGUGUACCGCAACGGCCAGCUGGUGAUCGAGAACCUGGGCGACGUCCUCCACUCCGAGAUCCUGCAGUGUCAGAACGGAGACGUGGAGCAGUGCAGCACAGUGGAGGUGGAGCUGUCCGAUUACACCACCGCCCCCUCGUCCCCGGAUCCCAAACCCGCUCCACCGCUUCCCACCUCAGACCAGCAGAAGCCAGCUCCUCCGCCCAGACGCCGGCGGCGGAGACCCAAGCGCACCGUGCUGAUUGAUACAGAGCGCUGCAUCAGCAGCUGUAAGGGGACACAUUCGGACGUGGCUCUCUUCUUCAUCCAUGGCGUGGGUGGCUCGCUGGACAUCUGGGGGAGUCAGCUGGAUUUCUUUUCGCGGCUGGGUUACGAGGUCAUCGCCCCGGAUUUGGCGGGACAUGGCGCCAGCACUGCCCCUCAGAUAGCAGCGGCGUACACCUUCUACGCCCUCGCCGAGGACCUGCGUGCCAUAUUUAAGAGAUACGCCAGAAAACGGAACAUCCUCAUUGGUCACUCCUAUGGGUAA